UUUCAAAGUUGAAACAUAAAAGAGAGAUAGAAACAGUGAGGAAGAUGGGAUCUUGGGUGAGGAAGAGACUGCCAUUGCGCCGAAAGCUUCAAACUCAAAGGAGCCUUACCAGGAGGAAAUCCAUCAAGAAGAGUUCAAUUGUCAUGGAUGCUAUGCUCCACAUUUACCUACUGAAACUCAAGCUUGAAGCAGCCCACAAAGAGUGCUUAGAUCUCAUGGCCAUCAAAACAAAGUACUUAGAUCUAAUCAAACAUCUUCAUGUGCCCGAGGAAGUGAAGGUGGAGAAGAUUGAGGAAGGGUUUCAUGUAAGAGUGACAUGCGAGAAAGCAGAAGACACUUUGGUUUCAAUCUUAGAAGCGUUUGAUGAAAUGGGUCUUAAUAUUCUGCAAGCUAAAGUUUCCUGCAAUAGUUACUUUUCCAUGGAAGCCAUUGCAGCUCAUGUAGCUCUAAAUCAAGAAUACAAGCUGGAUGUGACAGAUGUGACCCGAGCAAUUAUUAAGGCCACCAGAAGCGAGAUUAAUGCCGCAACUGACGAAGUUGAUUUAAAAACUAGUUAGUGCUAAUCAUCAAUGUCAUGAAGACUUAAACUGUUGUAUGCGUUUCUGAUUAAUUCUGUGUGCUGUGAUGUAAUAUAUGUAUUUGUUGAGUAAGAUGCUGGUACAUGUAUGUUUCUCAUACAUAUUA